GUCCGUUCCCACAUCCCACUAUAAAGGCUUUACAGAGAGUGAUGAUAUAAAUUAUUGAGAUUCGAUGGCCACUUCAUCCCGCUCUUGCUUCUCCCCUACUGAUCUCUGCCCUAGCACCAACAACAUCUCUCAUAAUUUACCCAAAAACAGUUGCCUUAUUCGCAGCAAGACCAAUUUGCAGCUUCUCCCCAACAUAAGAAGCUCCAAGAAGGAUUUAAUUGUUAGGAAUGUUACUUCGCCGGAAGCAGCUGCGGAUCUCGUUUCUUCUUCGGCCGCUGGUGGAGAUCUUCUCUCUUCUUUCUCUCUCCCCACCGUCGAAGGCAUCUCUGACAAUCCAUGGCUCGCUGGGAUCGCGGGAUUAGCGGUGGGAGUGCCUUUCCUGAUCCAAUGGCUUGUAACAGUGUCAAAGGAGGUUGAAGUGGUGGCGGAGACGGUGGAGAAAAUAGCUGACGCGGUAGGUAACGCUGCGGAGGAAGUGGACAAAGUGGCGGAGGACUUGGCGGAGGCCCUGCCGGAGGGAGGGCUAAAGCAGGUUGUGAGUUUUGUUGAGGAUUUGGCUGAAGAAACAGCCAAGGAGACCCAAAUGGUUGAGGAUUUAAUGGAUAAGUUAAACAGCGAUUGGGACUUAUCUUUUGCGGAUGGGCAUUUGUAAAUUGUAAGGUGGAAGAAAUGAACGAGAAGUUGGAACAAGCAUUGGAGAAAGAAUCCAAAGGCACUGAUAAUCAAUGAUGCAGAAAAUGGAUAAGUGAUUAUUCAAGACGUAAAGAUUUUACAAAAGUGAAUGCUUGGAGCUUAAUCGGUUUGUUAAUCGCACCAAUGUCUCUGACUCUCUUUUAAUUUAUUAUUUUGGUUUUUGGAUUCAAAUAUUCAUCAUAAUGCAAGUCUUUCAGAAACAAUUUGCUUAACUGAUUAAGACGAGGUAAACUAUUACUCGUUACGUCCAA